CUUGUUGUGCAAUUUCUUUUAAAGCUAUAAAUAAAAUUGAACUUUUCUAAAAGCAAAUGAGUUAAAGAUUAUUGCCAGUCGUAGAUUUCUCCUCCAUCUUCAUUCAAUCCUUACAACGGCUCUUCUUUCAUUUCUGAUCUUAGAAAAUCCCUUUUUAUUUAUUUAACCUACCUUCCCUCUACGGCGCGUGAGUCUCAUGCUCCUCUCUGGAUGGGCCAAUCACCGUCCGUUCCUGGUAACUCGCCCGAGUUAACUCGCCACCAUUCCCGUUCCUUCUCCAUCACAAAUCGCUUCACCUCCUCCACCCGUAAAAAAGCCUACCCCAUGAUCCCUCCACCUUCACCUCCUCAUCAACCUCCACAACCCGACCCGAUUACAAAACUUGAAAACAAAUAUAAUGGGUCAAUCCUCGAAUCCGUUUACCCUGAUCCAACUUCAGAAAUCCCCGACGAGUGUCUGGCCCAUAUUUUCCAAUCACUUUCCUCCGGCGACAGGAAGCGGUGUUCUCUUGUUUGUAAACGAUGGUUUCGGGUCGAAGGUCAAAGUCGUUGUCGUCUUUCGUUAAACGCUAAUAAGGAGAUCUCGGUCCAUUUACCGAGUUUAUUCUCCCGAUUCGACUCUGUCACAAAACUCGCUCUUAGAUGUGACCGUCGGUCCAAUAGCAUAAGGGAUGAUGCACUUGUAUUAAUCUCUCUUCGUUGCAAAAACCUGACUCGUCUUAAACUCAGAGGUUGUCGUGAACUCACUGAUUACGGAAUCGCGGCGUUCGCUCAGAAUUGUAAGUCUUUAAAAAAACUAUCUUGUGGGUCCUGCGUAUUUGGUGCUAAGGGGUUAAACGCUGUGCUUCAACACUGCGUUUUACUGGAAGAAAUCUCUAUCAAGCGUCUCCGAGGAAUUAACAAUGAUGGUGGUAGUGAAUCGGAGCCCGCAUCUGAGCCCAUUGGUCCUGGUCUUGCUGCCAAAUCGUUGAAGAGCAUAUGUUUGAAGGAGCUUUAUAAUGGGCAGUUAUUUGGACCUUUAAUUGUUGGGUCGAAGAAUUUGAAAACGUUGAAGUUGAUUCGGUGUUUAGGGGAAUGGGACAGGGUUUUAGAAUUGAUGGCUUGUUCCAAUUCAACAUAUUGCAAUAAUGAAAAUAAUGGGUUAGUUGAAAUUCAUUUAGAGAGAGUUCAAGUGACAGAUUUUGGUUUAUCAGCUAUUUCUCAUUGUGCUAAUUUAGAGAUUUUGCAUCUUGUUAAGACUCCGGAGUGUACUGAUUUGGGGAUUAUUUCCAUUUCCGAUCGAUGUAAGUUAUUAAGGAAGGUGCAUAUUGAUGGUUGGAGGACUAAGAAAAUUGGGGAUGAGGGUUUAAUUGCAUUAGGGAAGAAUUGUGUGAAUUUACAAGAAUUGGUGUUGAUUGGGAUUAGUCCUACCACAACUAGCUUGGAUGUUAUUGCUUCGAAUUGUCGGAGUUUAGAAAGACUAGCACUUUGUAGUUGUGAUAGUAUUGGUGAUUUGGAGAUGUCUUGCAUUGCUUCGAAGUGCUCAGCAUUGAAGAAGUUUUGUAUCAAGGGGUGUCCGAUUUCGGAUAAUGGGUUGGAAGCAUUAGCGUGGGGGUGUCCCAAUUUGGUUAAGAUUAAGGUUAAGAAGUGUAGGGAUGUGACUAAAGAUAUUGUUGAGUGGUUCAGGGAGAGGAGGGAGUUGUUGAUUGUUAAUUUGGACGCGGAUGAGAUCGAGGCUGUUGAUGCUAGUGCCAGUGAAGCUGGUGGUGUGCAGGAAGAUGGGGUUGAUUUUCCAGCCGGGGAAACGGAUGUAACAUCUGUGCAGCCAGCUCCGGUAAGGAGUAAUGGUCGCGGUUCUUUGUUUAGGGCGAAGUUUAGCAUCUUAUUUGUAAGAAAAAUAGCAUCUUGUGCUUUGAGAAGAUGGUCAGCUGGUAGCAGUAAUAGCAAUGAUAACCAAUGAUCAUCCAUUCAAGCUGCAAUUUGCAGAAAAGAAAUGUAAUUUUUUCCCCUUCAUUUCAUCUGUUUUUCCUUUGGCAUUUGUGUUGAAUUUUACCUGCUUUCUGCUUGUUUACUUAGCUUUGAAGAAGUUCAUCCCAAUUAAUUGUGCAGAAUUCAAAAUUGCAACAAUAGUAUGUGAGUGUCUAGUCUCAUGUAUGUACUAUUAUUAGCAUGGUUAGCCACAGUUUUUAUUGGUAAGGUUCCUUGCCACUGUGAGCUAAUUGAAAAUCUACAUGAAUUUUGUCGAAA